CAGAACAGAGAGACCGAGUUCAGAUAGCACAUCCCUCAUAGGCUAGACAGCAUCUCUCCAGCACACAGAGCCAGACACAGAAGGAGGAGAGAAAGAAAGAAGCGAAAAAACACUCCGAAAUCCAUUCGGCAGCAGCAGCAGACGCCCAAAGCCUUCAGAUGGGGCCCGGAUUGUUCUGGAACUUCCCCUCCAAGACUAGCUGCACGGUUUCGCAGACCCUGCUGCAGACAAUGUUGCUCUCCAGGAUGGCUGGCAUGAAGGAGCAGCAGUUUAUUGAGGAAAAGCCGCUACUUCCUGAAACAAGAGGACAGGACACGGAGAUGGUGAGAGGAGUGUGUGUGAAUGCACCCCGUGCUCAACCUCACCCCCCAGCACGCCCCGCACACAGGUGGCACGACAUCGCCCGCCACUGGCUUGGUGUGACACGCCGUCGGCGUCGGACCAGUGGGUACAUCCUGGAGAACUGCGAGACCUUCGUACCUGUAGGAGACUGGAAGGAACAUGACAUUGACACUCCCUAUGGGAUGCUCCAUGUGGUGAUCCGCGGAGCUCCGAAGGGCAACAAGCCUGCAAUCCUCACCUACCAUGACGUGGGACUCAACCAUAAGUUGUGCUUCAACACUCUUUUCCAUAAUGAGGACAUGCGUGAAAUCACUAAGCACUUUGUAGUUUGCCAUGUUGAUGCACCGGGCCAGCAUAUUGGAGCUCCUCAGUUGCCACCAGGGUAUCAGUAUCCCACCAUGGACCAGCUGGCAGGUAUGCUGCCCAGCGUUGUGCAGCACUUUGGAUUUAAGAGCAUUGUGGGAAUUGGAGUUGGGGCCGGUGCCUACAUCCUCGCCAAAUUCGCUUUGAUCUUCCCUGAUCUGGUGGAGGGUCUCGUCCUGCUCAAUAUUGAUCCCAAUGGGAAGGGCUGGAUCGACUGGGCCGCCACUAAACUGUCUGGACUGACCAGCACUUUGCCAGACAUGGUCCUACCACACCUCUUCAGCCAGGAGGAGCUGAUGAACAACACAGAGCUGGUGCAGAGCUACCGCCAGCAGAUCAACAACACCAUCAACCAGUUCAACCUGCAGCUCUUCUGGAACAUGUACAACAGUCGUAGAGAUUUGGAGAUGAACCGCAGUGGGACUGUGCUCAACGCCAAGACCCUGAGGUGCCCAGUAAUGCUGGUUGUUGGUGAUAAUGCUCCAGCAGAGGAGGGCGUGGUCGAGUGUAACUCCAAGCUGGACCCCACCAACACUACAUUCCUCAAGAUGGCUGACUCCGGGGGACUGCCUCAGAUCACACAGCCCGGAAAACUGACAGAGGCAUUUAAAUACUUCCUCCAGGGAAUGGGCUACAUUGCAUAUAUAAAGGAUCGGAGGAUGAGUGGGGGGCCAGUGCCCUCGGCCAGUAUGACCCGUCUCGCUCGCUCUCGGACGGCCUCUCUGACCAGCGGCGGCUCCAUGGACGGCUCACGCAACCGAGCGUGCACACACUCUGAUAGCAGCGAGGGGGUGGGCCAGGUCAGCCACACCAUGGAGGUGUCCUGCUGAGCCCCCACACACACACACACACACACACACAUACACACCAUACACACACAUACACACACACACAUGCACGCACACACAUACUCAGACCAGGGCAUAUGAUAGAAGAAAGGACUAAAGCUGCUCACAUUAUGAGCUCAUUCCUCAGCUCUGUUUCUCUCCGCUCUACAUCGGUUAUGAAUGAGAACACACACUCGUGCCCUGAAAGGAACCGCAUGCACACAGUUUAUACAGUUAAAACUGCUGCUGAACACAUUGGAUGUUUUCACUACGUUACACCAUGUGGUGGGAGCACAUAUGUGGCUCAAAUCUGGUUUAAAAAGAUUAGUGUUCAGACAGCACCGAAAAAUUCACUUCACUUUCACACUGGAAAAAGUGCUGCGUUCAAACAUGUACAUAAACGAAAGAUUACAUCAUCACACUAACUGACAGACUGAACUGUAUUGAUGUAAUAUAUUAAUGUACACAUUUGAAUCAAUUCAGUGCAUCAUUUUUCUCAGUGCACUUCAGCACCGUAAUGUGAAAGCAGCUUCAGCUGAACGAAAGAAGAGGGUUUUGUUCCUCUGGUGUCCUUUAUUCUGUCUCCUGCUCUGUCUGGGUGUCUGUGUUGGUGUUUUUUUUUUUUUUUUCGUCUCUAAACUGUAAUAUGAAUCACUGCUUGAUUACUCUCCCCUGUCCUCUUCAUGCGUUUUCUGGGUUUUCCUGACUUUGUUACACAUCGUUUCUUUUUUGCUCGGAGUGUCAGUGUUUUCAUUCCCCUCCUCGCCUGCUGCCUCUGGCCUACAUCCUCAAACCCCCCCCCCCCCCCCCCCCCCCAAACCACAAAUCCCAUCAGCCCCUGCUUUCAUAGCCCCUGUCCUAUGACAGUCUCCGUGGAGUGACUGGUGGUAUAGCAGGUGGCAGAUAGUGGGGAAAAGGGUUUGGAAAACAGACAGAGGGGAAACGAGAAAGAAAUAGAGGGAAACGUAGUGAAAGGGAGAGGAAGCGAUAAAGAAGGAAGCGGGAAGCAGUUUGAGGAACAUUGUACAGCAGUGGACUGUAUUACGAAGCCAAGGGCAAGAGGACUGUAGGACUGAAGGAUUGUAUGACUGAACUGUAUGAAUGAGGCUCUCUGGGCCAAUCGGGUGCUAACACAGGAGCUCUCAGCCAAUCAGCACAGCUUUAUUGCAGAGUCCGGAUUUAUUGCAAAGCCUGGGUUGUUUUUCAGCAUCUUAGAGUUUGUAAAAAAACAAAAACAAAAGAUGUUUCAGAACAAAAUUAGUUCACAUUUCCUUAUUUUACAUCUACCAUCUACCAUGACAGUAUAGUCUGUAAUGCAGUGUCACAAUCCGCCAGUGACCAGCUGUAGUGUGCACUACUUUAGCAAUGAGAACAUUGAAAUCUAGCAUAUUAUUCAAAAUGUGCAUUAUUCUACCAUUGACCACUCCAUCUGACUAGUACACUAAAUGUACUGUGCACCACUUUAGCUGUUACUACUCCUUUGAGUCUAGUACACUGAUUGUAGUGUGCUAUACACCACAAUUCUCAAUACUCAAUCUGACUCUACUACAAUACAUGUGGUGUGCACUACUUUAGCUAUUACUACUCCUUGACUCUAGUACACUAAUUGUAGUGCGCACUACUGUACAAUUGACUUCUCCCUUCAACUCUAGUACACCAAUUGUAGUGCGCACUACUCUACCGCUGACUAUUCCACCUGGCUCAAAUGCUGUACUCCGUACAAUUGAGUACUCAGUCUGACUCUGGUACACUAAAUGUAGUGUGCACUACUUUAGCUAUUACCACCCAUUCUGACUCUAGUACUCUGAAUGCAGUGUGCACUACUGUGCCUAUUGCUAUUCCUUUUACUCUAGCAUCCUAAGUGUAGUGUACACUACUGCACAAUUGACUUCUCCCCUCAACUCUAGCACACUAACUGUGGUGCGCAGUACUCUACUGACUACUCCAUCUGACUCAAGUGCACUAAAUGUUGUGUGCACUACUUACCUAUUACUAUUCCAUUAACUCUAGUACACUAAAUGCACUGGGCACUACUCUGCCAUUGAUUAAUUCAUCCAACACUAGCACACCAAAUAUACUGUAUCUGUUAACACUACUGAGGCUGGUUAAGCUGGGCAUACUGGGCAUUGAGCAUUGUGUUGGGCUAAAGUGCCAAUGGUGAAUAAUCACUGGAAAUUCUUUUCAGUACAGGAUUAGCCUUAAUCUGGGUCAGAAAAAAGUGGCCCCAAUUAUGCAUUUUACCACUGAUGACUCUAUUCAGCUCUUGUAUGCUAAUUAUAGGUGCACUACUGUACAUAUAACUACACCAAGUCCACUACACUGUAGUAUACACCACUCUACCAUUCACUACAACAUCUAGCAUGUCAUUCGUAAUGUGUACUACUCCACCAAUGGCUACUCCCAAUGCUACUACACUAGUUGUAAGGUAGUGUGCACUACUUUACCAUUGGCUACCUCACCUACCAUUACCACACUGAUUAUAUAAUCUUCUUUAUUCUUCCAUCUUACUUAAGAAAGGCUAAUUGUUCCUCUCAUGGCAGUGGGUUUUGCCUGGGAUCGGUUCAUUACGGUCUCCUUUCUCUAGACAAUCACACUCCAAGCCAAACCAAACUGGAACCGCGAGCUGAGGCUGAACCGGAGAGGUCAUUAGGUCAUUUAGUCAUGUAAGAUGGUCAGCCAUUGGAAGUAGUUCAGUGCUGGUGCCUUGCUUUCCCAACAGAACCAGGCGCAGGAUGAGGAUACCAAAGUGACACUAAUUCACAUACACAUACACCCACCAUGACUGGAAUCUGUGAGGAGAUUCAAAUGCUGCAGGGAUGCAGACACUGAUAUGGGACUGACAUAAUCGAGCACAGGAAAUCACACAUAGUGAUGGGUGUGGUUAUUUAAAUAUUCAAUGAUCCAACUCUUCUUAGAUGUGGUUUACUUAGGCCUAAUCAUGUCAUGUAUCGUAGUGUGCAUGUAGGAUUUUUGGGACACAGGCAGCUGAUAUUGCGCCUCAAAAUAGUGACUACACCUAUCAGACAGAUGAAGGGAUGACAAAUAGAGCUCUAAAGCUGUGAGCUGAUUGGCCAGAGCUGCUGUCAGACAGUGCUCAGGAUGAGAGAGGUGUGCGUGAUGUUUGAAUCCCUGACUCAUUCUCAGACGACUCCAUCUCUCUUCCGUCUCACUGAAUGUCACUUUCUCACAGCGUCCGCUGAUGUACGGAUGACGUGAUGUAAUUACCUACUGCAGGGGGUGUUUCCUGUGUGUGCGUCUGUAAGGGACGGGGCUUUCUGGAGCGUGUUGCUCCAAGCUCGGAAUGUAGGGCAAAUCCCAAAUCCCCCCUGAAAACUCCCGUCCCAUUAAAAACUCAAGGUGCCCCGGCCCUCACAGAUGCGUGCAGUCGCCCCCUAAAGGGCUAACCGUCCCCUCCCCCCUCCAAGCCAUGGAGGACCUGCCUCAAACUGAGCACCGGUGGGUGCGGACUGCUACUGUCUGCUGUACAAAUAGAAAGACGAAUGGGGUGGAUGGGCUGCAACUAGCGAUUCGUGCUGCUGUAGGAAAACCUCGUACCACUGAAACUCUGUAAAAGAAGGAAAUGAACAUUAAAAGUAACAUUAAAAGUUAUGAGGUUCUCUUGACAGCGACAGAUUGUUCCGAUAACAAAUUAAUCUUCUGUUCAUUAUUCGAUUAAUCGAUUUACCUACUAAUCGACUAACUGAAUCAUUAUGUCUUCUUUGGUUUCCAUUCACUUUGCCCCAUUCUGUGUCUUUUCUUAAUUUAUGCUGCAGUGAAACAAUAGAAGCCAUAUCGCCUCCUAUGCUUCCUAUAGUGUACUGCAAUCUGUCAGAAUGACCAUGUGUGCAAACGUUACAGGGCUUUAUAGUUGUUUUGAGCUUUUUCUCUUUACUCUCUGUCUUUGACUUUUAGUCAGUGACUACUUUUUUAGGGCAAUUCAUCUACUUUUGUUGACUAAUCAUUGCAGCCCUAGUAGAUGGAAGGUCUGUCUGUCUAUAUGUGGGUAAGGAAUGUGAAAAAGAAGAGAGAGUGAGUGAGCGAAGGUACCAUGGAGGGUGUUAUUAGGAUCUCUGGAGAAUGCUUACCUGUAAAAUUGAGCACAAGGGAAGCGAGUAGGAUAGCAAGGUAGCUGCCAGGAGAAGAACGGGUUCUCUGUUUUUAAGACUGAUUCGGGACAAACCGUUUCUCCCCCAGCAUUUGUUUGCAUGCACUGAGAUAAGACAAUACAAGCCUGUGGGUGUUUUGUUAUUUCUCUGUCUCUGUCCGAUGUGCCCAGUUGUCUCCUCAUGCCGAGAGGUGAAAAGCAUGCUACUGACCCUCCUGUUUACCACAUCGAACCAUGGCCUUGAGUAUCAGACGGCUGAUCCAGUUUUCGCUGUCUAGAGCCAGAAGCAGUUCUAGACCUGCAAGUCCGGGCCUCUCAGUGGGUAACAUUAAGGAUAUUACACAUCUGUGUGGACGGCAAUAAAUGAAUUCAAGCACAUGUAUAACUGAUGAUGUCUUGCCGACCCAAAAACGAUGACAAAAAUGUGACCUUACUACAGAGCCCCGUGGGUGACAUCCUGUAUAAAGAAAAUAAUGUGUGGCCAUGACUUAGUAAGACAUGGGAAUGAGAUCCUAAUGUGUGGCCACAUCUUAAUAAGGUAGGAUCUCAUUUCCAUGCCUUACUAAGUCAUUGCCGCACAUUACAAACUUGCUUCCAUGCAUUAAAAAGGUGUGGCCACGCAUUAGUUUGCUCGUAUGUCAUAAAUUACGCAAGUAGUAAGUGGGUGUGGAUCUAAAGCCACGCCACACCCUGAAACUGCAAGUCAAGAACUGCUGCUGUAUCUGCCGAGGGAUGAUGUUAUGAGAUGAUAUUAGUUCGUAAACGGGUGGGAUUGCUGUUGGAUCAGUGCUGGAUACAGGCUCUUCAACACUCCUGCCUGGGGGGGCCCUGAAUGUAUCUCGUCAUUUGGAAGUGCUGUAGAGUUUCUGUCAGUGUGGCUCCAUCCAAUCACCUCGCCUCUCUCUGGUUUCAGGCCCCUCCCACCUACCGUCCUCUUCUUAAUCUACACCUCACUCCUCCUCACUCCUGCUGUAGAUACUCGCUGUUUUUAGACGAUAAUGAUCAAAAAAGGUCUCUACCACUACUAGCCUUGUGUUGUGGAAGUAUACGGUAUCAGUUCACACUCCCUCCCACCACCUUCAUUGACCUCCUCUUUUUAUAAUAUGAUAGAGCUCUUAAUAUACCACCAUUGUAUUAAUUCCUGCAAGGAUUUCAUGAAUAUUAUUGAUACAAUUUUUGUUAAUAUGAUUAUUAUUAUUACUACAAUUAGCCAUCAUUUUGUAUUGAGCAAUAAGUUACUAUGUUUUGAGAACUUGCUAGACUUUGUGUGGGUGGGGCUCUUCCCUGCAAGCUCGAACAUGUCUGCAAAGAUAGAACCGAUUCUUUCCUGCUUUGUCAUGAAAAAAGGUGUUAAUGUAAAGUGUAAAUCUAUAUAGAAGCCAUCACUGUCUGUGUACUGAUCAUGUAACUACAAUAAAAAGGAUGUAAAAAUAAAA